AUGGCGGCUAGGCGACAACCGCUUGGCAGUACACGCCGCGCCGCCGUCGAAUCCACAUGUGUAUAAAAUAAAUAAGUGACAGUUACAUAAAAUAUUACGAUAUUAUUUUAAAGUGUUUGUGUAUAAAUAAAGUUCAUUUCAAACAGAUGUCCAGAACCCAAACAUCUUAGAUGUGAAUAUUGAAGCUGAUCUUGGAGUCUCUGGGAGAAUAUCAUCAUCAUCCAAGGUUCCACCAUGACGGAGAGCACCUACAAGAGGAUGACUCCAUUCCUCAGACAGCUGCUGGCAGUGAGCGGAGUGGUGAUGUACAUGAUCGGCUCGGGAGAAAACAUCGCCUUCCCAGGAGUGCUGCUCAUGCAGCUCCGGGAGCCAGGGUCUGAGGUGCGGCUCACUCCGGACCAUGAGUCCUGGAUAGCCUCAAUCCUUGGUCUGGCGCUGGUCGCCGGCAUCAUGGUGGCUCCCUUCAGCCUUCAGAACCUGGGCCGCAAGAUGACCAACCAGCUCAGUUCUCUGCCUACCCUCGCAGGCUGGGGUCUACUGGCCGCGUCUAACGGACCUACUGCAUUGAUGGUCAGCAGAUCUUUAGUGGGUUUCGGCAUGGGCAUACACGCAGCAGCUUCGUCAGUCUCCAUAGCUGAGUACUCUGCCCCCAAACACCGAGGUGCCUUCCUCGCCACCAUCGCCUUCUCCUUCGCCACCGGAAUGCUGACCACCCAUGUCUUCGGAACCUUCCUGCCCUGGAGAACAGCGGGACUGGCUUGUGGAAGCGUCUACAUCAUAUCUCUAAUCCUGGUCACACUGGUACCAGAAACACCUCCGUACUUAGCCUCCAGAGGCCGUGUGGAAGAGUGCAAGAAAUCUUUCUAUUGGUUCAGAGGACACGACCCCAUUUCAGAAAAGGAAUUGAAUAUUCUUCUGCACAGCCAGAGGAAACCAGCAGUAAUACCUAUACGAGGAUCUAGAUGGCAGACAUACAGACAAACAGUCAGAAAGCCAGAAUUUUACAAACCCACCCUGAUCAUGAUGUUCAUGUUUGUGCUGUUCCAAAUAUCGGGAAUGACAGUAAUCCCGUCCUAUACAGUUCCGAUAAUGAGAGAAGUGACCGGCGGUGCCUUCGACUCGUAUGUUAGCAUGUUGGCGGUGGAUGUCGUCAGGUUUGUAACGGCUGUUAUAUCCUGUUUCAUAAUCAACAAACUCCCCAGAAGAACUGUCCUCUUCACGAGUAUUAGUAUCACCGUGGUGUCUCUACUAAGCACUGCCAUCCUCCUCUACAUCAGAAAUUUCGGUUACUUACCAGAUGAGUACAAGUGGACGCCUAUUGUUCCUUUCACUGUGUAUAUCAUCGGAAAGACCUUGGGAAUCCUGUCAAUACCCUGGGCUAUCGCAGGGGAGGUAUUCCCUCUAAAAUACAGAAGUAUAGGAGGUGGGAUUUCAGGAAUGUUCCUUUCUAUUAUGUUGUUCGUUGUGGUGAAAACUGCACCAUACCUCUUCGAAUGGAUCGGUUACAAUGGCACAUUCUGUGUAUAUGCAGUUUGUGUUGCCAUUUGCGGGAUGUUUUUAUUCUAUUUACUGCCAGAAACUAAAGGAAAGACAUUGCAUGAUAUAGAGUGCCACUUCAAAGGGAUUAAAAGUGAGAGUGGGCACGCGUUACCUGAAGGACAGAAGAUGUUGGACCUUAAGAAUGUGGAAUCUAGAUGAAGAGGAACUUGAGAUAACAGGAUGUGCUUUACUGCUUUGGUGCAGUUGGAGGGAGGAGUGGCUUUAUUUAAUACGUUCAAUGCUCCGGAGUUGCGAGUAUCUUGUCUUGGUACCGUCAUGUCACUGUUUUCAUCUGUCUAUUGUGACAAUCAUGAUUGGAACUUGAGACAAAAAGGAAAUUUGCAUCAGGUUCCGUCAUGUGAUGAACUAGUCAAGAGAAGCACUUCCAGAGCACUGAAAGUGUUAAUACGUAGUUACGAGAAAUAUAAACAGAUCAGAAAAGAAA